UUAACCUACCGUCGUCACUUCCUUCUCUUGAAGCCGGAAACCUUAAGGUUUUAUAUCUGGGAAAAAACUCGCAUCCGCUUCAAUGACUAAGGGAACGGGAAGUUUCGGAAAGAGAAGAAACAAGAGUCACACACUCUGUGUCAGAUGUGGCCGUCGCAGUUUCCACAUCCAGAAGAGUCGUUGCUCUGCUUGUGCUUAUCCCGCCGCUCGCAAGAGGACUUACAACUGGAGUGUGAAGGCAAUCCGUAGAAAGACUACUGGAACUGGAAGGAUGAGGUAUCUUCGCAAUGUGCCUCGCAGGUUCAAGACCGGUUUCAGAGAGGGUACCGAAGCCAAGCCAAGGAACAAGGGAGUUGCUUCAUCAGCUUAAACUUGUUUUUGAGCAUCAAGGGAGAGAGAAUUCUGAGUUUGUUGUUCACAAGAUUACUACUCUUAAGUGUCUGAUUAUGACUAUCUUUUUGUGUGGUCUUUGCGUUUUUAAAGUUUUGGACAUGGAUGGAUUUCAAUUUGCAAGUCUUUUAAUUCUCUUUAUUCUAAUCAUUAUGGUUCCUUGCCAGUGGUGUGUCCGUCCGACAGAUAAAGACUUGGUAAAGUCAUUAUACUCUACGGCCCACUUAUAUCGAAUACGUAUUCUUAGGUUCACUAACAUUCAUAAUUAAGGUGAGUUGCUUGCAAAUUUGCUCAU